AUGGGCGGAAAGUACAAGAGUCCACCGCGCAAAAUUUCUCUCGCGCUUGCAAUGCUUGGUCUCGGCCAGGGCGUCGGCGAUCCGAGGGUUCAAGCAGCCACCAGGCUCCGUGAGCCGGGCACAACUUUCGUGCGGAUUUUUAUGCAAGAAGCUUAUGUGUACGUACCUGAGUGCGAGACAUGGCUGCUCUCCUUGCUACCUCUGGCGGUGACAACAUCUCUUCACGUUCAACAUGCAGCAUUGGGAGCCACUGCAGUACCGACUCGCUGUUCGCCUAGUGACGUGCAAGCCGAACCAGCGAUUCCUGAACGAUUGCCGAAUCCACCUCCCGGACAACAAGCGAACGGACAUACGGUCGAAAACGCGCCGUGCAGCAAGUCUUGGUCGUGGUAG